AAACGCCAAGUAGAAAAUCAGUUCAGCAGUAGUGUGUGCUUGCCUUUUCCGCUAUCGAGAACGACAACUGCGGAGUACCAUAACUUGAGCUAUUAGUAGAAUUUGGUUCUCAGCAUAAGCAUUUCCAGUGCAAUCAUUUGGAGCUCAAGUGCCAAUCGCGCAGUGAUGAUGAAUCAGGUGUAAAUUACGUUGUGUUAAACGAUGCGGAAUCGUUUUUACGGAGGCGAGUUGAUUGGGAUGACGCGAACGAUUUCACGGUCAUCGAGGCGUUGAACAAGUGGAACAAAACUCUUGAACAGUUUGCAGCGCUGCGCUGGUGCGGAUAAGUGAUAGGGGUGUAGUUGCAUAUUGCUAGAAGAGCAAGUGUCACCGAAUAAGUACUUGGUUCUAGCAUGUGAAAUUUAAUAAGCGAGAAAUCACAUAAUCCUCUCCGGUAUUACAUCUUACUGGCGUUUGAUGGAGAAGAUCGUCAACAGAUAUUGCACGUGAAGAACAGCAAAACGCGAUAUAUCAUAGUGAAUUAGCUAGUCUGUGACACAGUGGAUCUGAACAAAAAUGCAAAGGCAAAAUUGCCGACUUAUAUGUGAUACGAUUGUGUUUUAGAUCGCCGCUGUGCUACGGCUUAACAAGCAAAUUAAGUGAAUACACUUAUUUACUACUUUUGCUUUUGAGCUGCUUCGUGUAUUGACGUAGCAAACCUCCUACACAGCAGCGGAAAGUCAACCGGAAUAAUUACUCCUGGGCACCAAACCUACACGCAACCAUCCAUGUGAGAAGAGUUCGGCAAAAAUAACGAUAAGCGUUUAAAAAAAACUGAUGAAUUGUGAAAAUUUGUGAACAUUGAAGCAAUUUGCCGUAACAACCGCAGUAUGGACUUAACGAAGACAGUGGAUACCGGCAGGAUGGAGCGGCAGCUAUGUUUUUCUACCAUUUUAACGAGUAAAUAGUCGAAGUGAAAAAUGAAAACAAGAGGAAGCAAAUGAACGUCCUCAACUGGAACGACGGCGGCGCGAUUGAUACCCAUACCCAUACCCUGUGGAAGCGUGGGUGAUAUACAUAUUGAGAUGGAUCAGCCAAAGUUGGAAAUAAUGCUAUCGGUGGACGAAGAAAACGCCCUCACCCUGUACGAAGAACUCGAACGGACUGACAUCAACACUUUGAACCUGAACGUGGACUGUUGUUGCGGUCUGCUCCGGACGUCUCCCUUUCACCAGCCAAAAUCCAAGUCCAACUCUCGGGAACGGUUACGUGCCGACUCCGGAGUUUCCAGCGAAGAUGAGGCGUACGCCGACAGUUGUUCACAUACCUCAGAGCACAACAGUGAGUGUCGCGAGCUGGAAUGUGAUCACGAUCACGAGCACCACAUCUUCCAUCUUCGGCCGAGCAGUAGUGGUGCCCGUUAUGGGCAUCGUAGUAAAUCCAGCCUGAGUCGACGAAACGACCGGUACCGUAGCUUUGGGCUGCUGGAGUCCAAUAUCUUGAACUCAUUCCAGUUGCAAAACUAUCGACGGAAAACUACAGGUGGCUACGAUUCGGGCAGUUUUUCUGGACAGACUAGUUACAGUUCCACGACAUCCAGUAUGAUCGAAGACAUUUCCGACAAAAUAGAGGAAAUUGGCAAGUUGGACACCAACAUCCACUCGCUAAUGUACAAAUCGGUUGAGGUGCAUAAUGAUAUUUUGUCCCUGGAAGCAACCACAAAUCGUCUUUUGGCGGAUACCAGAAAGUUAUCCGAUGACCUUGACGACGUUCGCUAUUUGGAUGAACUGAUAACGAUUCUGAACGGCGACAUUGGGCCCGUCAUUCAUCGCGAGUGGCCGUACCAAAUUCUGUUCGAUACGCCGAUAGAGGAAGGUACUGCGGUUACGUGAAGCGUCAAACUGUUUUCUACGAAGUGGUGCCACUCCCUGUUUUAAGCGAUAAAUCCAAUUCGAUGCAUUACAGUGAGAGUAUUGAAAAGCAAACAGCUCGUUCGGUCAGAAGAAAGAUAAUAUUUUAUUAUUAGCAAUUGUUACGAAAUCAGUUACCAUUGUCGAGGUGGUGAGACAGUUUUUUCAGUCGGGUGUCCACCAUUAAGAAACCAAAACGAGUAUGCCAGCCAAAGAGUGUACUAUAAGCAAGUACAUGUAUGAGCAGAAAUACAAUAAAAUAAAAGACAA